GAAGCUGACGCUGAUGGUAUUGAAGUAUAUGUUAUUUUUCCCCAAGAGGUACAAAAGCAUCUUGUGGUAGUAAAUAUCACUGAUGUGAAUGGUGAUGAUCUUUCAGUGGCGGAGGUAACAUUGAUUCAAAACUACAGUAAUAUUAAUAUCUUUCAUAGGAUAAUGCAUGGAAAAUUUAAGAAAAAUGUGUAUAAUACAUGUAUGUAUAUUCAUAAAAUAUGCAAUAAAAUGUUGAUAUUAAGGGCCAAAAAAUAGACUUUUUAGCCUUAAAAAAAUGUGUCAAUAAUUUCUUCUGACCUAUAUAUUGACAAUGAAAUUUCUUCAUUUUAUUAUGACUGUGUAAAAUUUCAUGUUUUCGGCUACAUUUAUGGUGAUAAUAUUGAGUGGCUUAAAAUAUUGCUAUGCAUUAAAUGAGUUAUUUGAUUACCUAAAAAGUAAAUAAUUGACAAGUUUCUGAAGUAUCAAAAAAAAAAAACACUGAUUAAAAAAAAAGCCUGUAAAGUUGGUAAUUUAAAUCCAAAAUUAAUAAUUAGUAAUGAGGUGACUUUUCUUAAAACUAAGACAAAUAAAACUCUAUUUUAUAACAGUAAUAAUUUAAGUAAUGGAGCCAACUCAUGGCAACCAUAUUUUUUUUACAAAAAAUGAUAAUUAUGCUAUUAAUUUUGAAAGCUAAUAAAAAAAAAUUAUUAUUGUAUUAAAAGAAAGAAUACAAAUGUAUACUUUUUGUUAUAUAGGUAAAAAGACAGCUGCUUUUGUUGAAGAAAAUACAGAAUUAUCAACAAUAUGUAAUGUUGGGUGGAGAUGACAUCAACUAUGAAAUACUGAGUGAUAAAAGUUUAAUUACAAAUCACUUCAAGUAUCUGUCACCAAGCACAGGCUAUCUCACUUUCCAACUCAGGAAUUCAGUGAGGACAAUAUGAUCUUUUGGCGGAGGUUUCUUUGUUACAUAAUAAGAUUUUAAAUUUGUCCUAAUUAUGAAUAUUUGAAAUUUCACAAAAUACUUGUAUGUACUUCAUAUUUACUUGUAUGUAUGUAAUAAAGAAAACGUUUUUAUUAUGUUAUUUUACUGGGUAUAUUAGAUGCAUUUUUUAUGCAUUUAUAAUUAUAUUUAUAAACAACAUUUUUAGCAAUUUUAAUAUUUUUUUUUAAUAUAAAAAAUUGAAUGUUGUUUAAUUAUUAUUUUCUUAUAUGACCUUUAAAAGAAAUCAGAAAGUUAAAAAAUAUCAAACUUCUAAUGAUAUUUCAAACAUAAUUAAUGUUUAAACUCUUUCUUUUAACUACAAUAACAAUGUUUUAAAUCAUUUACAGUGUCAUAUAAAUCCAUGGCAACGCCCUUGGCUGCAAUCUUUGUCUGUUAUCUCAACAUCAACCUGCAAGUUGUGCCAUUUUCUUUCCUACAGUUUAAUUAAAAAUCAAUGCCGAUGAAGUAAUUAAUGGAUUAAUUUAAUUUUGACACUAGUUAUUGCUGGUGGGUCCAGCAGUCUAAACUAAGUUCAAUCCCCAGCAAAAGCCCAAACAAGAAAAAAAACACCACCAACAUACCAAGUCGAUUGGACUCACCAACUUGAAUAGUCAAAGCAUCAAAGAUAAAGAAAAAUUCUGAAUUUAAAUUACAGCAACUUCCUAAACACUGCUGAUGCUAAGAACAUCUAUGACACGUGUUUGCCAGUGAGUUAUCCAGAGAUGUAAAUAGAAAUGAUUUGCAAAAUGGGGAACCAGCUUAUCCUUCUAAAGAAAAAAAAUCCAGGCCAUGUGAUUUUGUCCUGCAAAAUUUCCACAACUUUCAUUUUGUAACAGAUGGAUGCAAGAAAAAAAAACCCACUAUACAUUCGAAAGACUUAAUUAAUUUAUUACAAUAAUAUUAGAAAUGAAGUAAACCACCUUUGUGGCUAAUUCAACAUUUUCCUUGUCAAUCUUUCAACAAACUGAUACACAAAAUCCUUAAAAUUAAAAUUUUAGACUACAAAUUAGUUUCUACAAGCACUAAUGUCUAAGAUUGAGCUUUUUGUUUUUCAGAGCUGAUCGCUUGAUAUUUUUAAUUAAGUUUUAAAUAGUAAAGCAGAAAAAGUCCCUUCUCCAGAACAGUUUGUGGUUCGUAACAAGAUGAGACAACUAAAUGCAUAAACUAUUUUAAUUUUUGGAAAACUAUCCGGCAUUUCAUUGUUGCAUUGUGCCUUUCCCAUUGGUGGGCUUCAAGGCCCACUAAGUCAGGAUUAUAGAUGAUAUUUCCCUGAUUAUUUGUGGGGUUAAUAAUUAAAUGCAAUGAGAAAGUCAUUUUAUCAUUCACUCUCUUUUAUUUUUAUGUAGAAUUUAUUGAAAAUUUAAAUAAAAGAAAUUAGGAUUCUGAAAAUAAUUUUGUUGCACUGUUGCACUUUAAAUAUUAAUAAUACAGAAGAAACAAGAACUAAUUUCAAAUGGUUUUUAUAUUUUUAAUUUUUUUUUGUUGGUAAGUACUCCAACUCAAAUACAUCUGUAAUAUUUGGUAUAUAAAGUGCAUAUUGUUGGAAAGAGUAUGCUUGAAGCUUCCAAUGACAGCAACAUAAUCUUUCUAUCACUUAUAGGAUAACAUUUUGAAUUGUUUAGUAAUUAAUUUCCCUCCAUAAUUUGGCUUGUAUUUAAUUUUUAAAACAGUGAUUUAAUUAUUACUCUUUUUGUAUUAUUUUGCCUUUUUCCUUUUGGCUUUAAAGUUAGAGUGCACAAAUUUGGAGUUCACAUUAUGUCAAUACAAUGUUUAACAAGACAGAACACAUGAAUUGUGAAUAAAUUUAUUAAAUUUUAUAAAAUAAGAUUUUAUGAGCAUAUGGGGUGAAUAAUGAC